AAAACAAAAAAGGUGAAGAAAAAGAAAAGGAAGGAAGCAGCAACAGCAAAUUAAUGGCAAUGACCGGACGACAACUUUAACGUGUAGUUUUCAACUGUACCGUGAAUCAAGUGGAAAAAAGAGAGUACACUCCGGUCGCAGCCGUUUCUUUUAAGUCCAGGGGAAACAAGGAAGUGAGUAACUUACUGACUUCCAGUCUCUUUCCGCCGUUGUACAACCAGGAUCAUGAUUGUUUGCCUCGACACAUGUUGAGUCCUCUGCCCCUGUUCUACCUCCUAGGACAUCCAUUACUCUUGUUCUACCUCUACACAUACUGUGGACACACGUAGCUGUUAUCAGCCAGCUCAGAGACGCCAGCAGACCCUUCACUUUAUCACCGCCGCCGCUCUCAGAUGACGGUCACCCAGUGACGCUACACCACAGUUGGCUGGUUUGCUUACUGCCUUCCUGGUUUCCUGACCCCGUGCUAGAAGGAGCUACCUGAAGCAGCCAUGUUACAUGUUGGUUUGUGAUGUCCAAGCCCUGUGACGGACCAGGAGCAGGAGCAGAGGAAGGACAGGAGUGUGAUCACAGGGACAUUCCCAGGUUUGUGAUUGGCUGUGAUGAUGAUGAGCAGGACGUGGGUCAAAUGGAGACAGGCAUGAAGAACAAGAUGUUUCGAGAUGAGGAAAUGGAGGAUGAUGAAGAUGAGUUGCCGUCAGAGCGGCAGAUUGUGGUCGCCAUAUGUGCCAUGAUGAAGAAGUCCACAUCCAAGCCCAUGACGCAGAUCAUGGAGCGCCUUUCUAAGUUCGACUACAUAGACGUGGUCAUAUUUCCCGAGGAGGUGAUCCUGGAGGAACCUGUGGAGAACUGGCCCCUCUGCGACUGCCUUAUCUCCUUCCACUCCAGAGGUUUCCCUCUGGACAAAGCUGUGGAGUACGCUAAGCUCAGGAAUCCGCUACUCAUCAAUGACCUCAAUAUGCAAUAUUUCAUACAGGACAGGAGGGAAGUGUACCGGAUCCUCCAGGAAGAGGGCAUUGACCUACCUCGUUAUGCUGUGUUGAACCGAGACCCCGACAAUCCUGAAGAGUGUAACCUGGUGGAGUGUGAGGACCAUGUUGAGGUGAAUGGAGAAGUGUUCCCUAAACCCUUUGUGGAGAAACCUGUGUGUGCUGAGGACCACAAUGUCUACAUCUAUUACCCAACAUCUGCUGGAGGAGGCAGCCAGAGACUCUUCAGAAAGAUAGGGAGCCGUAGCAGUGUGUACUCCCCAGAAAGCAGUGUACGAAAGACUGGAUCUUACAUCUAUGAGGAGUUCAUGCCCACAGAUGGUACCGAUGUGAAGGUUUACACAGUGGGUCCAGACUACGCCCAUGCAGAGGCCAGGAAGUCCCCUGCUCUAGACGGAAAGGUAGAGAGGGACAGCGAGGGGAAGGAGAUCCGCUACCCCGUCAUGCUGACGGCUAUGGAGAAACUGGUGGCCCGCAAGGUCUGCCUUGCCUUCAAGCAAACGGUCUGCGGGUUUGACCUGCUCAGAGCCAACGGCCACUCCUUCGUCUGCGAUGUUAACGGCUUCAGCUUCGUCAAAAACUCCAUGAAGUACUACGACGACUGUGCCAAAGUCCUAGGGAACAUUGUAAUGAGGGAGUUAGCGCCACAGUUCCACAUCCCCUGGUCCAUCCCCAUGGAGGCUGAAGACAUCCCCAUCGUUCCAACGACCUCAGGAACCAUGAUGGAGUUGCGCUGUGUUAUUGCCAUCAUCCGGCAUGGAGAUCGCACACCAAAACAAAAGAUGAAAAUGGAGGUCCGACAUCCUCUAUUCUUUGAAUUGUUUGACAAAUACGGAGGAUACAAGUCAGGAAAGAUAAAGCUAAAAAAGCCAAAACAACUUCAGGAAGUGCUGGACAUUGCCCGGCUGCUACUGGUUGAACUGGGCCAGCACAACGACUGUGAGAUUGAGGAGAAGAAAUCUAAACUGGAGCAGCUCAAGACUGUCCUGGAGAUGUACGGUCAUUUCUCAGGUAUCAACAGAAAAGUCCAGCUGACCUACCUACGUAACGGUCAACUUAAAGCCUCUAGCGAAGAAGAAGACUCUAAGAAGGACGGCCCAUCUCUGCUGUUGGUGCUGAAGUGGGGCGGGGAGCUGACGCCUGCAGGUCGGGUUCAGGCUGAGGAGCUGGGCAGGGCCUUUCGCUGCAUGUACCCUGGAGGUCAAGGUGACUAUGCUGGGUUUCCUGGGUGUGGCCUCCUGCGCCUGCACAGCACUUACCGCCACGACUUGAAGAUCUAUGCCUCUGACGAAGGCAGGGUGCAAAUGACAGCUGCCGCUUUUGCCAAGGGUCUGCUGGCUCUAGAAGGUGAGCUGACUCCGAUUCUUGUCCAGAUGGUGAAGAGUGCCAACAUGAACGGACUGCUGGACAGCGACAGUGAUUCUCUGACUGACUGCCAGCAGAAGGUCAAAGCCAGGCUCCAUGAAAUCAUGCAGAAGGACCUAGAGUUUACACUGGAGGACUAUCAGAAGUUGGCCCCAACAGCCAGUCCAUCAUUGGUGAACUCCAUGAAGGUCAUAGAGAAUCCAGUCAAAACCUGUGACAAGGUGCAUACCCUCAUCCAGAGCCUCACCUCACAGAUUCGAAGGAGACUGGAGGACCCCAAGUCUGCAGACCUGCAGCUUUACCACAGUGAGACCUUGGAGCUGAUGCUGCAGCGCUGGUCCAAACUGGAGAGAGAUUUCCGCACGAAGAACGGGCGCUACGACAUCAGCAAGAUCCCGGACAUUUACGACUGUAUCAAAUACGACUCGCAGCACAAUGCCUCGCUUGGACUGGAGAACACGCUGGAGCUGUUCAGACUGUCCCGUGCCUUGGCUGACAUAGUCAUACCACAGGAGUAUGGCAUCAGCAAAGCAGAGAAACUGGACAUUGCUCAGGCCUACUGUGUUCCUCUGAUGAAGAAAAUCCAGCUGGACCUGCAGAGGACCCAUGAGGAUGAGGCUGUUAACAAGCUGCACCCCCUGUAUUCUCGGGGUGUAAUGUCUCCUGGUCGUCAUGUCCGCACGCGCCUCUACUUCACCAGCGAGAGCCACGUCCACUCUCUGCUCAGCAUCUUCCGCUACGGAGGGCUGCUGGAUGAGGAGAAGGACCAGCAGUGGAAACAGGCGAUGGACUACCUGAGUGCUGUGACUGAACUCAACUAUAUGACACAGAUUGUCAUCAUGCUGUAUGAAGACAACAACAAGGACCCCUCCUCAGAGGAGCGUUUCCAUGUUGAGCUUCAUUUCAGUCCAGGAGUCAAAGGAUGUGAAGAUGAAGAGAAUGUACCUCUUGGUUUCGGCUUCCGCCCGGCCUCUUCUGAGAAUGAAGACAAAAUGCCAAACCAGGGUAGUCUAGAGGACCUCUCCCGCGACCAGCCGGACCAAGCACUUCUUAUUUCUGAGCCGAUCAGCAUUCUGCGAAGGUCUCCCAUGAUUCGCGGUCGCAAAGCAGGUUCCAUGGAGGUUCUCUCCGAGACCUCUCCCAGCCAGUCCUCCAAAGGCUGCACAACCCACAGACUCUUCCCCUUGUGUUCACGCCAGUCUCCUGAGAUCAAACCAGCCAGUGGCCUAGCUCCUCCUCACACAGGCUCAUUCUGUUCUGGCCUCUUCAGUGCUUCUGCCCUUGGGGUGUCCUGUAGCGCCCCCAACCUGCGGGACUACGUCCGCACGCACCACCACCACCGAAAACCACCUCUGUCCCCCGGCAGUCUGCCGUGCAAGAGUGGCAUGUUCGAGCUGUUCGCUAUGCCGGCAGUAAAGAGGUUUUCUGUGUCGUUUGCCAGGCAUCCGACUAAUGAGCCCUCAGAUGAGCUUCAUGUAGUCCAGCAGUUGGGGAAGCUUUCCACUGAGCUGACUUUGCUGGGGUUUGCCCCUCUGGCUAUGGACGGUGCCAUGGCCCACCACCUGCACCACUGCCCCUACCACCUCCGCCUCCUGGAGACCUGGCUGGUGUCUCGUCAGGAGCUCCCAGAAUCCCUCCACAGUCGGCCUCCAUGCUCCCUGCUCAGUUUGUCUUGCCUCCUGUAGCCCUGGACAGCCAUGUGGAGCCAGUGGGAUGCUGCCAUUGCCAUCGGAGCUUUGCAUCGUUGGAGUUUUUUACUUUCGCUUUUUUCCUCCAACCUGGUUUUCUGCUGCUGCAUUCAUGCUUCUUUUCCUCAUUUCUGCCUAGUAAUUACAUCUGCAGCCCUGCUCCAUUUGUGUUUGUUUUCUGUUGCUUUGCAUGUCAGCCAGAGCAGAGAACAAGGGAUAAAUAAGAAAACAAAAAGACCUCUACCGUAUUGUUUGGAAAUGUGAACAAGCUGUUCUCCAACGUGCACACAGACAGACCUGAUCCAUGAUAUUGCUCUGUGUUCCAUAGUUACCUGCAGGCUAAUGGCUUUGGCUGUGAUAAAGUGCUCUGUAAAUAAAGUUGAGUUGAGUUCAUAUAAGCUUGAUGUCGAAACCUUUAGACCAUUUAAGAAGAGAUGCUGUAAUUAAAUGAGCGGCAGUAAAACUCUGAAAAACAUUAGGAGAAAUGGCGUUCUUUUGAGAAUAUUACAGUGUCAUCACUACACCCAGGUGUGAUAGUUUCACCUGCUGCGUUCAGUGGACCAGAAGCUUUACAGGACAUUUAAGUCUCAGGCUUCAUGAGUUUGGCUCUAUUGCACUUUAUUUUUUCUCAAUUUUAAUGAUACACCAACUUUUCCGCCUCGACUAAGCAUCACAUUUGUUUUUUACAUUAUUUAAACCUUUCCAGUGUUUACACCCAGGUUUUGUUUACAACCAAACUUAAAAUAUGAAUUAAAGCAGGUUGAGGGGAACACUUCACUUGUAUGAAGUGAAAUGCAACCUUGACAGGAACUUAUGUAACUGUGGCUUUAAGUCCUACUCUAGCUGUAUGUGCCCCUUGUCCUCCUUUGCACAAGAUUAGACACCUAGUGGGUCAUUU